AGACGCCAUACGACGAAGUGGUGUAGCCAGCUGUGGAAAAUAGCGUAAAACUUUUCACGGCGCUUCGAAGAAGAAACAGAUUAAAAGUUUACCGCCCUCUUAAUCACUAGCUCGCGUGUGUCGAACGCUAUCCGAUGAUGGUUAACGAUGUAUUUCGUUCUUUAAAAUGUAUUCGUCGAAGUGUUUUUUUUCGUUUUCAUGUCGGAUGAACUUGUCAUUAUUUUAAUGUAGCGUUUCAUGUAAAUAAUGUGUGUGUGCUAAGUGGUAUCCGAUUUAAAUAAUACAGUACAAAAUAAGUUUUUCUGCAAUGACUUGAAAACCUCAAACAAGAUUUUUUCGGAUUGGUUUAUCAUUUUGGCGCCCAAUGUAGAGCUUAUAAACAGUCGAUAUAUUAUAUAUAACUAGGUAUAUCUACCUAAUAGAGGAAAAAAUAAUAUUAUAGUAUACUUAAACUACCUAUAGCUGUGAAGUGAACUGAUGUGAAUAUGAACUUUGUUUACCAGUUGCGGAUUGUUGAAAUAAGCAAAAUGAUUGUAGCUUUAUUUAUAUUGGAUUGUUUGUUUGUAAGCAGAGUCGAUGCUGCUAUCCAUGAGCCCGGGUUCAGUGGUCCUAUAGAAAAUGUUACGGCGGCCCUUGGGCGAGAAGCGAUCUUAGCAUGUACCGUCCACAACCUGUCUACAUACAAGGUUGCAUGGUUGCGAGUGGACACUCAGACUAUCCUUACCAUUCACACCCACGUGAUAUCGCGCAGCAGGCGCGUGGGUAUCACUUACAGCGAUCAGAAAAACUGGUACCUUCACAUCCGAGAGUUACGGGAGAGCGACAGAGGAUGGUACAUGUGUCAGAUCAAUACGGACCCUAUGAAGAGUCAGCUGGGAUACUUAGAUAUUUUAGUUCCACCGGAUAUCCUAGACCGUGGGACGAGUUCUGAUAUGACGGUACGAGAAGGUGCCCCUGUCAGCAUGACGUGUGCAGCCACGGGGUCACCACAUCCGCAGAUCUCGUGGCGACGGGAACACUCUAAUCCUAUAAUGGUUUCUGAAGGCGUAGAAGUGACGUCAGUAUCGGGCCCGGUGUUAAAUAUAAGUCGAGUGAGCCGACUACAUGCGGGACCCUAUAUGUGCAUCGCUUCCAACGGAGUCCCUCCCACCAUCGCCAAAAGGAUUAUGUUAACUGUUGAAUUUCCACCGGUGAUCGUUAUAAGAAAUCAACUGGUAGGCGCGGCGGUUGGAUCGGACUUAGUGCUGGAGUGCGAAACGGACGGCUAUCCAAAGCCAGUUAGCUACUGGAGCAGAGAUACGGGUGAAAUUGUUCCCAUAGGAGGUGGUCUGGAGCCGCAAAGAGUUGUUGGAUCAUAUCGUUCCAUCCUCCGUCUGCCUAUAAGAAAAGUUACUAGCUCGGACUAUGGCACAUAUAAAUGUGUAUCUAAGAAUUCCUUGGGUGACACGGAAGGCACUAUCAAACUAUAUCCCAUGCAGCCCCCAGCGGAAAACAGGAAUGCAAUUCAAAAGUUAAACAUAGUGGCAGGAAAAGCGUCUGAAAGUACAUCGUUCGGUACACAGGAUUUCAGAUUACAAGACUACAACAAAGCAGUGCCCAGGGACGGCUUUUGUUAUAAGUUGUUGUUUUUAUUAAUUAUCCUAAUUAAGGCACUUGUACCGUAAUUCUAUUGAAUUAAGAAAAAAAUAUUAUUACUUGAAAUGAAAAAGUAAAAGAAUGGAUAAUAUACAUAAUAUAUAUUUUAGGAUGAUUGGUUAUUCUAAUAUAUUAUCUAACAUAUUUUUUGGCUUAUUAUUUAUCUUUAUAUUGUUUUUAGAAAAGAAAUUCUGAACCAGUGGUACUUAGCUAUUCACUUGACUGUUUAACAGAGAAAACUUUUCUAUUCUAUGGUUUUUGUAUAUUGAUAUUUAAAGAAUCAAGAGCAACUGUGAUUUUUUUUGCUCGUGUUUUAAUAACAUACCUAGACUUGGUUAUUAUCUAUGAUAUUUUUAUUUGUUCGAUCGAAAUUUCGCAUAAGUUAGGUAAGACUUACCUUGGUACUUUAACGAGAUCAGUUUGAGGACGUUCCUAAACCUUAAAGCUUGUUAAUGUUUGUUAGUUCAACUAAUAGAACUUAGCAAGUCCAUUUUACCAUCACAAUUAUAGUUCGGAAUAAAAAAUUAGUUUUGUUUGAGUAUUAAACAAAACUUUGACUAAUUUAAUGGUUUUAUUUUAAAAUGGUUUAGAAUAAUAAGUAGUAGGUACCUAUUAAUUAACUAUGUUUCAAACUUACCUCAUCUCACAAGUAUUUUCUGAACAUUUAAUUAUUAAGAAAACAUAUCAUUACGUAAUUUUCUUAAUUUAUUGAACUUUUAACGGUAAUUUUACGAGUAAAUUUAGAUAACAUUUAUAUAUCUACGCAUUAUAUAUUUAUUUAUAUGUACCUAUGUACCUAUCUACCUACUACGACUAAAUUUAAUGCUUGAUAACUUACAUUUUUUGUUAUUUUUCAUGAAUAAAAUACUGUAAUGCCUGUAUUGAUAGUUAUUCCUUAGUUGUUUAUGUUAAAACAUUAUCUUAAUAAUAAGAUUAUAGGCAUGUAAAAUUAAUUAUUUUGUUGCUGUUAUGUAAUAUUUUAGAAACGCUUAAAUAGCUUUCAAAUAGUAUAUACAAGUUUUAAUUAACUUUUAUUACCAAAUAAUAAUUACUAGUCUAAAUUACAAUAAUGCGAAAUAAACCAAAGUAUUAUAUUAAUAGUAUUAUAAGAUAGUUAUAAUAUGGUAAGUAUAGACUGAGUUUAAUGUAAUAGGCGUGUAUAUAAAAGAGGCUAAUAGCGAAAUAUUUUGUGCUUAAGGUGCAAUUGAAAAAAUGUUCGGUAAAAUCCAAUUGCAUGAACAAAAAACUUUGUUAUUCGACAAAGGAUAAUAUUAUUAUAUCUUGAUAAAUGAACUAAUUUUUUCAGUCUUAUUUUUUAUUCUUUAUUGAUAACUCUAAUUUUUGUUAUAUAAAAAGCGUUUCAAAGAUUUUGGUUAAAAAUCCGAGAAAAGUCAAGAAAGUUUAGGCGCACUGAUUGUACUGGCCAACACAGUAAACGUAUCAUUUUUUAAGUUAAGUACGCCUUUACCAUAUUAUUAUAUUUCAUGACAAAAAUCAACUUUUUAUACCAAAUCUGAAUGUGACAGGUUAAUAAAGUAAUAGUUUAAUUAAAUCAUAAUACAUACAUACAUAUCUAAUAAUAAUUGUUGUUCUAUAUA